AUGGGUCUACCUGCUGAGCUGCGCAAUCGAAUCUACGAAAUCGCAUUCGACAUCAAAUGCGAAUAUACUCAAUACGAAAAGGGCAAGCGGUGUCUUAUAGCGGCACCAGGAUUGUUACUAGCCUGCAAGCAAACAUAUGCAGAAGGGCUGAAGAUUUUCUACAGCAGCGCCAAAUUUCGCUUCAGCUCAAAGUCUCGAGCAGUAGAUUUCCUUUCUCGAGUCGCAUGGAAGAACGGGCAUGGCUCAGCUCUGAAAUCAGUCACGCGGUCCUUAUCGCAGAGACAUGAGCUCCUGGCCAAUUCCGAAGCAAAAUACUGGUCGAGAGCCACAUACCCAAGUGUCAGCGGCUGCAAGGCUCUUGGACGCAGAGUCGCAGAUGGCAGUCGCCUUCGCAAGGUCGGAGAGAGGAGGCUGAAUCCAGCCGAGCAGAUUCGAACAUAG